UUUUAUAUUUACUGCUGGACUUGAUAGUUUACAUUGGAGGCAAGGUGAUUGUUUCAAGAUCUGUGGAUCAUUAUGUUGCAGACGAUGUUAGUGUGAAGACGUGUACACGACCUAUCUCUGCUCUGUACGUGUAAAUUUCAAUGGCAUUUAUGUUCAGUCAAAGAUCAGAGAGCAGUCUCUCUGUCGCAACAAAUGUGUCAAACAAUUCAAAAACAGGUCCAUACUUGGAGGGAAAUUUAAAACUCAUUGACACUUUGGAAUGUACAAAUGAUGUUAUGUGUUGUAAAUUCAAUGCUGAUGGUUCUGUGUUAGCUGUAGGACAAAUUGAUGGUGUAAUAAAGAUAUUUAAUCCUCAUAAUAGCCAGUUAUUGUACAGUUUACAAGAUGACGAUACAUUGAAACAUCACCUUCCAGUCACACAAAUCAGAUUCCGUAUUUUUUCUAGUUUAGAAAAAGAAGAAUAUUCUCAUAUCUUAGUUGCCUCAUAUGCAUCAGGCCAUGUGAAGAUUUGGCAUUACACAUCAGGGAAAUGUUUACACACGAUAAAUGAAGUAAGAACUACACUAAAUGUGGCAUUAAAUCCAGAGGGAACAAAGUUCAUAACCACUGGUGAUACAACAGAAAUUAAUAUAUAUGAUGAAGAAACGAAGAAAAAACUAAAUACUUUAGAACCUAGUGAUAACAGAAAUAAAAUGGAUGGUCAUCAUUUUAGAGUAUUUGCAGCUAUAUAUCAUCCAGAAAUACCUCAUGUUUUCUUAACUGGUGGCUGGGAUAAUACAGUUCAUUACUGGGAUGACAGACAACCACAUUCUAUCAGAUACCUACAUGGUCCACAUAUCUGUGGUGAUGCCUUAGACAUAGACCCUUAUAAUAAUCACAUACUCACAGGUUCAUGGAGGAAAAAAGAUGUCUUACAGAUCUGGGAUUUCUCAUCAGCAGAGAAAAUAAAAGAUGUGCCACCAGAUCCUAUGGGUCAUACACAGUUAUACUGCUGUCAGUGGUUAGGUAGAGACAGUAUUUUAUGUGGUGGAUCUGAUCUCAACCUGGCCAAAGUUGUUGAUAGAGGAACGCUCAGUACAAUAGGUCAAGUAACAGAUUUACCCCAAGGUGUAUAUUGUUGUGACCAUGACAACAACAGUUCACGUCCAGUCAUGGCCAUCGGAAGUUUAAAACAAAUCUUCUUAAUCAAACCUGAAAAGAGGGUUUAGUGCUAUAAUGUACUGUGCUAACGUAUUGUUAAAGAUUUAGUUUACAUUUUUUAUGUUUAUUCAGGAAGAAAGAUACAUUCAUUAUGUUGUUGCAUAACUUUUAAAGCAUAAUGAAGUUUAGAAUCAAAUAGGGGAUUAAGAAGGGGAGAGUAGGUAUAAAGGGCAUAUAUCAAUUUUGGUAUGAAAUUCUCCUCGAAAGAAUUCAGUCAAUUAUGCCCCCUCUCCAUAUUAUACAAACAAUCAAAAGAAAAGAAAUCCAUAUUAUCUAAGGGAGCUACCAUUUGAUUUUUAUGGGGGGAGGGGGGCUAGGAUAAAAAUUUUUGUCCUGCUUUUUUUUUAGUUGUAAUCUCGGUCCUGCCUUUUUUUUACUAGUUUAUCCUGACUUUUUUACACAAAUUGUCAUCCUGCCUUUUUUUUUACUCAAACUCCUGUCCUGUCUAUUUUUUUCAAAUUUCAUCCUAGCCCCCCCCCCCCCCCCCCCCCCCCCCCCCCCCCCCCCUAAAAAUCAAAUGGUAGCUCCCUAAUCAUGUAUACAUGAUCAUCAUAUGUAUGAUAAAAAGAAGUCAUGGUGUAUAUCUCAAUAGGACAGCAACCCAAUGACAAAAGAGAGCAACAUAAAGUCCUCAACAAUUUUACUGAUUGUUUUGUUAUGAAAUUUUAGUUAAAUUAGAUAUUUGUCUUCAUUUUUCUGCAAGCUAAAUGAUAAAAGAUGCUUUUAAAAUAAUACUGGUAUGCCAUUUGGAAAAAGACACAAUCAGGCAAAAGUUUCAAAAUCAAAAUUUUUAAGUGGGUGGGAUUAUGAACUACUUUUAUAAACAAUAACAAGCUUUCUUGGAAAAAAACUGAAAACCAGAAGACAAGAACAAUGCUUGAAAGAUCUACUUUACUAGGUGAUUGUAAUUUUGAAUCUUAGCAUAUUAUGAAAUCUGAAGAAUUAAUCCACAUUCCAUUGAUUGUAUAAUUUUUUUAUGUAGAUAAUUUGGAGAUGUUCAUUCCUACUUUAACAUGAAAAUAAAUUAUAGUGAGUCCUUUAAUGGGAGGAAAAGUUUAUGAAAGUGACUUUUUUUCAGAAUUUAUUGAUGCAUAAUUUGAAUUUGGACCUCUAUUCAGUUUGAGUAAUUUGACCUAGUUAACAUAUUAGUAAAUUUCAUUAAAAUAACCUCUAAACUCACUGGCUGAUCAUUGAUAUUAGGACAGCAGUUAAUAAUGUUGUUGGAUUAUUUAUUAAAUGAUACUUUUAAUAUAAGUAGAAAGUAUAUAUGUAAUAAGAUAAUUUAUUGGAAAUUUACAAAUGAUUACAGAAAGAAGCUUUAAAGUAUAAGAAACAUGCCUAGAAUUUUUAUUUAUUAUAUUUUUUUUUAUAAUAGAAUAUGUAUUGUGUAAUUAGAAAUAUUGUGACUUAUCCGUCCAGUUUUCAUCAAACAUUCCAUUUUUUAUAUAUUUAUUGUCAGUUUAAGUGCUAAUGAUGUCUAGAGAACCAUCAAAUUGUCCACCAAAAAACUUAUAUACUUCCCUCCUUCAUGGUCAUACUAUGAAAAUUUUCCUUGGUACCAAUUGUUUUGGAUUGCACUUGCCUUUUAAUGGAUAUUUGAUUUCGUGGUUUUGCCAAAGUCUGCAUACAACAUAAAAGAUAAUUUGUAUUUGUGAUUCAUUUGUACAAAAACCAUCAAAAAUUGGUAUCCAACGAAUAAUAAUGAAUUCACAGUAUUGAGAUUUUGGAACUUGUGGGUAUAUAAAACAAACAUUCAAACCAUGAAAGUAACACAUUAUAAUUCAUUUCAACCAUAUUUUGUCUUUUCACAUUUUUAAUCAAAGCAAGAAGUAAUUUGUUACGACCCAACAACACAAAUGGCUGUUAUAUAUGUUACUUUUAAAUCCUUAUACCUUGAUAUAGCUAUAUAAAGCCUUUGUUGAUUAAUAGGAUUUCGUAAGCAAGUUAAAAAGAACUUUUUCAUUUAAGGUGGUACCCAACACUUGAACUAAAUUAAUUUGGCUCGUUUAAUUU